AUGACUGAGAACCUGACUGGCUAUUCGUCAGCCACCACUGGUCCCCUGGCUACCAUGCAGAUGGAUCCUGAGCUAGCCAAGCGCCUCUUCUUUGAAGGGGCCACUGUGGUCAUCCUGAACAUGCCCAGGGGAACGGAGUUUGGCAUUGAUUACAACUCCUGGGAGGUGGGACCUAAGUUCCGGGGCGUGAAGAUGAUCCCUCCGGGCAUCCACUUCCUCCACUACAGCUCUGUGGACAAGGCCAAUCCCAGGGAGGUGGGCCCUCGUAUGGGCUUCUUCCUUAGCCUGCAGCAGCGGGGCCUGACAGUCCUGCACUGGAAUGCGGUCCAGGAAGAGGUAGACCUGUCCCCAGUUCCAGAGUCUGAGGUGGAAGCCAUGAGGGCCAAUCUCCAGGAGCUGGACCAGUUCCUGGGACCUUACCCAUAUGCCACACUCAAGAAGUGGAUCUCACUCACCAACUUCAUCAGUGAGGCCACGAUGGAGAGGCUGCAGCCCGAGAGCCGGCAGAUCUGUGCCUUCUCAGAUGUGCUACCCGUGCUCUCCAUGAAGCACACCAAGGACCGGGCAGGGCAGAAUCUACCCCGCUGUGGUACUGAGUGCAAAAGCUACCAAGAGGGCCUGGCUCGGUUGCCUGAAAUGAAGCCCAGAGCUGGGACAGAGAUCCGCUUCUCAGUACUGCCCAAACAGAUGUUCCCAGCAGGUGCCACACCAGCAGAGAUAACCAGGCACAGCAUGGACCUGAGCUAUGCCCUCGAGACUUUGCUCAGCAAGCAGUUCCCCAGCAGCCCUCAGGAUGUGCUUGGUGAACUCCAGUUUGCCUUUGUGUGCUUCCUGCUGGGGAACGUGUACGAGGCAUUUGAGCACUGGAAGAGGCUCCUGAACCUCCUGUGCCGGUCAGAAGCAGCCAUGGUGAAGCACCAUGCCCUCUACAGCAACCUCAUCUCCCUCCUGUACCACCAGCUUGGUGAGAUCCCUGCCGACUUCUUUGUAGACAUUGUUUCCCAAGACAACUUCCUCACCAGCACCUUACAGGUUUUCUUUUCCUCCGCCUGCAGCAUUGCUGUGGAUGCCACCCUGAGGAAGAAAGCUGAAAAGUUCCAAGCUCACCUAACCAAGAAGUUCCGGUGGGACUUCGCUGCGGAACCUGAGGACUGUGCCCCGGUGGUGGUGGAGCUCCCUGAGGGCAUCGAGACUGGCUAACUCUGGGAGUGCUGUCAGCCCUGAGGGGCCUUGUCCCACCUGCUGUAGUACUGGCCUCUCCAUUUCCUCCUUAUCCCAGGACCUGCCAGGGCUGCAGUCUCACCAGUUUCUGCAAAAAUGGAGCUGAGAUUCCCUCCACCAAUAAAUAAGUUCCUUCAUUGCCAAAGAGGCUAUACACAUCCUGAAGGCACAUUUGUGGGUUCCCUAUCCGCCUGGCCUUGGUGCUGACUGAAUUGCAGAUGGGCUCUUAGAGAAGGAACAGCAACCUACUUCCUUCUGAAUGAGAAGAAAUUGAAUCAAAAGUCCAAGAGAACUGAUUGCUUAUUCCAUAGGAUGGUUAGAAAACAAGAAACCCUGCACUGCCCAGGGGGUCUGAGAUGUGAGUUGGUGACUUGUUUGAAGUUAAAUGGAGGGUAAUGAGGAAAUUAGCCAGAAUUUCUGCCAGCCCCUCUUUAGUAGGGGUUCAGCACAGAAAACUUGGGCCUGUGUCCUCUCCAGGGCCCCACUUUGGGAAGAGGAUAAUAAGGCAGACAGUUGGAUUGAAUCUGGCACAUGGUCAGCUUUAGCUUUUGCCAUCUAAAUUCCAUUCUGUCCAGAGACCCCAGUGCGUAAUCUCUCGAGAUUGGUGUGACCCCUAGCCUCAGGGCCCUUGCUGGUGCUGUCGCCACCUACUAUUUCAUUCUGAGGCCUCAGGCCCAGAAGUGGAACCUGGCAACCCUCCCAUAUGUACCCGUCCUCACCAGAGGCACUGUGACUGUUUCUGAUGACCUGGAGAGUCAACAACAGAAGAGAGUCUUGUCCUGAGCAGGCUUCUUAGGCCCUGUUGGAGUUUUGUGCCUUUUCUUUCAAACACUGGAGAUGACCUGUUAAGUCUAAAUCUUCCCAGCCUGCUAUGAAGCUGUCAGUCAUCAGAGUAAUGGCGCUUCUGUUUUCCUGAGAGUCCUGAGGGCACGCCCAUCAUGCUCUGUGGGCAGAGCUCUGUCUCUAGGCAGGCACACAGGCCCUGCCACCCCGACCUUGAACUGUUGUACUAUGAUCAGAGCCCCUGCGCUAGCCUUUUUCAAGGCUGGGGCUCACACCAGGUUUUUGAAUGAGAAUCCCCGCUGGUUAAGACUUGGUUCCACUUAUUUCCUUGGAGAUGUUUUUCCAAGAGCAUAAUGUAUUAAUACAUUAAAGUCUUUGAGUUGAGGCUAAA